AAAUGUUCAAGUCAAGCCUUUUAGUCUUCGGCCCUUUUUACACAACAACUCAAAUUCAGCAUAUAUAUACACAGACACACACACCAUGCUCACUUCUUGAAUUUUCACCUCAACAUUUCUGCUGCUGCCACAGGUUUCUGUGUACAACUUGAGUAAUGGAUGCUUCAGAAAAAGAUGAGGUACCGAUGCUAUCAUCCACGUACAUGCAAAUGGAUGAAAAUGAGAAACAUCAGUUUACAAGGUCCACGACCAGAAUGCGUAGUGCAUCAAUAUCAAUUCCAAUGCCUUCUUUGGAUUCCAGUGAUAAAGCAAAUACUUUUAUAGGUCAUACUGGUCCUCUGCGUAGUGAAAGAAAAAUACCGUACAUACAAAUGAGUGGUCCUCUAUAUGCAAAGCGUGGGAAUGACACCUUGUUUGAGCAACGUGCAACAGGUAGCAAAGCAACUGAGGCUACAUUUGAUAAGUACCCUUCAAUCAAAGGAGUGGAUCACAAUGAUUGGCCAGAUAGAAACCGUGAGAGGACAAAUGAACAUUUAUUAAAGUCUGGUCCACUGGGAAUGUGUAGUGAUCCAUACUGCACAACAUGCCCAACUUACUUUGAGGGGAACCGGAAGAACGUAAAAACAUCAAGUGUAUUUGAUCAGAAGCAGUUCCCUAAUAUCAAUUAUGGAGAUGCUAAAGGCUGGGUGCGAAGAACCUGUUCUUCACUGUAUCAAUGUAUUCCCGGGGUCAUGAAUCCUCAUAACAAAAAAGUUCAAAAUUGGAACAAGUUCUUCGUCAUCUCCUGCUUAUUUGCAGUUUUUCUGGACCCACUUUUCUUCUUUGUGCUGUCUGUGAAGCAGGAUAACAAAUGCAUAGUAUUUCAUGCAACCUUUACAAAAGUACUUAUCUCUUUAAGAAGCCUGACCGAUUUCAUCUACUUACUACACAUGCUUCUUCAGUUUCGAUUGGCUUAUGUUGCUCCGGAAACGAGAGUUGUGGGUUCUGGUGAUCUAGUUGACCAUCCAAAGAAAAUAGCUCUCAACUAUCUCUCGGGAUACUUUCUUAUUGAUUUUUUUGUCGUAUUACCACUUCCCCAAAUUAUUAUUUGGCUGGUCCUCAAAAAGUUCAAAGGAUCAUCUGAAGCAAAUUUUGCAAAAAACUUUCUGCGAGCAGCAAUUCUCAUUCAGUAUAUUCCUCGGCUGUAUAGGAUUCUUCCUAUGCUUGCCGGUCAAUCUGCGAGUGGCUUCAUAUUUGAGUCGGCAUGGGCAAAUUUUGUAAUCAAUUUGCUCACAUUUGUGUUGUCCGGCCAUGUGGUUGGGUCAUGCUGGUACCUCUUUGGAUUACAGAGGGUAAAUCAAUGUCUUAGAGACGCCUGUGUUGAGGAUUGGUGCAUAAGGUUUAUAGAUUGUGGGCGAGGAAAUGAAAAUGAGACAUUUAGUAAUGAUCCAAAAUGGACAGAUUGGACAACAAACGCCACUGCUGGUGCUUGUUUUUAUGAUGAAAGUUUCACAUAUGGAAUCUAUAAACAAGCUGUCAAUCUUACCACACAACCAGAUCUCAAAACAAGAUACAUAUAUUCUUUGUUCUGGGGUUUCCAGCAAAUUAGUACUCUAGCUGGAAAUCAAACCCCAAGUUAUUUUGUUUGGGAAGUUCUCUUCACCAUGGCCAUCAUAGGCUUGGGUCUUUUGCUUUUUGCUCUUCUCAUAGGGAAUAUGCAGAAUUUUCUCCAGGCACUUGGACGAAGGAGGUUAGAAAUGUCUUUACGGCGUCGGGAUGUUGAACAGUGGAUGAGUCAUCGGCGCUUGCCUGAACGACAUAGAAGGCUGAUUCGUGAAUCAGAACGUUAUAAUUGGUCUGCCACUAGAGGUGUAAAUGAAACUAUGCUAUUGGAGAAUCUACCUGAAGAUCUUCAAAGAGAUAUACGUCGGCACCUCUUUAAAUUUGUCCAAAAAGUCCGAAUCUUUUCUAUGAUGGAAGAACCUAUUUUAGAUGCCAUGCGUGAGAAAUUGAAAACAAAAACAUAUGUCAAAGAAAGCAGAAUCUUAGUUCGUGGGGGUCUGAUUGAUAAGAUGGUUUUCAUUGUUCGAGGGAAGCUUGUGAGCAUUGGAAAAGAUAUGAUUAGAGUCCCUUUGCUUGAAGGGGAUGUUUGCGGAGAAGAACUUCUUAGACGCUGCCUUGAGCAUUCUUCUGUGAAUAGAGAUGAGGAAAGAAUCAGGAUUCCUGGACACAAGUUGCAAAGCGAUAGAGAGGUGAUAUGCGAAACAAAUGUAGAAGCAUUUACACUUCGAGCUGCAGACCUUGAAGAAGUUACUAGUCUUUUCUCCAGGUUUCUUAGAAAUCCACGUGUUCAAGGUGCCCUGAGGUAUGAAUCCCCUUACUGGCGUGGAUUAGCAGCAGCUCGUAUUCAAGUUGCAUGGAGAUAUAGGAAGAAGCGGCUAAGUCGAGCAACAACAGCUGAUUCUGAUAUUAACAACUACUGACUCUGGUGAUUAGUCCUUAUAGAUUAUACAUGUAUUAUAUCUAUAGGUAAUCUGAAAUUUUUCUGUGCCUCAGUGCAUUCGUAUUGUGCAGUUGGCAUAUGUUAUAUACUUUGCUGAAUACUGGAAGCUUUUAAGAACACACGAAGUGUUUUUUUAUGUGCC